AUGUUAGGAUAUAAACCCCUCUUUCAACUUCUCUUCCUUCUCAUCUGCCUCCUAACAUGUCUAGACUCCCGAAGACGUGCUGGUGCCGGCCGAGCAUUUGAAGAUCGGAAGGCAGAUGAGAGGCACUUCGACUACAAAUCGGCACCCGGAGAAGCGAUUCCAGAAGAUUCAGAAGAGAGUGAGAAGCCGAAAAUUGUUCUGGGCAGCGGAGGAGGGAGUACGGUAGAACCUUCUAGUACGACUACAGAAGUUCCAACGACGACAGAGGAAGAGACAACAACAACACAGUCAAAUGAGGAUUGUGGGUUUUUAUCAACUUUUAUUAGAAAAAAAACGAGCAAAAAAGAGCUGUACAUUAUCAAUAUUGAACUAAAGCCUGUAAUAGAAGGGCCUCUAACUUUGAGCACGUGA